AGAACAAAAUUGCAUCCAAUGUCAUCCACGGAGAAGAAAACUGCUGGCUAUAGCAGUAGUGCUACUCGAACUGAACAACGUCGUCCUCCUGGACCCAAAAAUUUCAAAGAAUGGUAUUUACUCUCUUACAACCAAGUAUCCUUUUUUGGUUGGUUUUGGAUAUUAUUCAUGACAUGCUAUACAUUGUAUCUUGAGGAAGGCGAUUGUAAACGUGUAUUCGCGGUGGUUGGGCCUGGACUAAGCUAUGUGCAGACAGCCGCUUUAUUCGAGGUCCUGCAUUCACUCUUUGGGUUCAUUAAAACACCUCUCUUGACCACCUCUCUUCAAGUGGCUUCACGAUUGUUCUUAGUCUGGGGAGUCAACUACUUUGUGCCGGAAAUUCAUAAGCAUUGGUCAUUUACUACCAUGGUCUUGGCUUGGUCCAUUGCCGAAUGUGUACGUUAUAUAUAUUAUAUCUUCCAACUCAGCGGCAACGUCCUGCCAAAUUUCAUCAAAAAUGCGAGAUACAGCUUUUUCUUAGUGCUCUACCCCUUAGGUGUAUUUUCUGAAUUGACAAUGGUGUAUUUAGCUCUACCUUAUGCGAAAGCCAUCAGCCCUCUUUACUAUUAUGCACUUAUUACUGCGACCCUCCUAUAUAUACCAGGCUUUCCUAUGUUAUUUUCACAUAUGUUGGUUCAAAGACGCAACUAUUUGAAAUCUGUAGCUGCUAAAAAAGCUAAAAAAGCGCAUUAAAGACUAGAAGCUGAUGUCGACAAUGCCACCACUAUUGAUAGCAUAGGAUGCUUCACUUUCAGGCAUAUCGGGCGAAUCGAAUAACUUUGCAACACGCUCUUCACCACGGCCUUUUCUUAGAUAGAUACGUGUAGAUGAACUAGAGACCCCUCCCCAUUUGCCAAUAGCAUAUCAGAAUAAGAAAACCAUGAGUGAA